GUAAUGAUGGAAUACAUCGGCGCCACCGGAGCUCCAGUGAACAUCGACGACGUCCCGAUCAAGGACGGCAUCGACUUCCACUUCAUCCUCAGCUUCGCCAUCGACGCCGACCCCUCUGGCACCCCCCAGAACGGUGUAUUCUCCCCCUACUGGGCCGAAACCCUAACCCCAGACGCGGUGGCAGGUGUCAAAUCCCGCCACCCAAACGCCAAGGCCAUGGCCAGCCUCUCGGGGUGGAGCCUCGGCCCCAAAACCCUCUCCUGGUACAACCCCCGCGACCGCGACCUCUGGAUCUCCAACGCCUUCUCCUCCCUCCAAACCCUAAUCCAAACCUACCACCUCGACGGCAUCGACGUCGACUACGAGCGCUUCCCCAAGCGCAGCAACGACAGCUUCGCCUACUGCAUCGGCGAGCUCAUCACCAUGCUCAAGAAUCAUAGCCUUAUUACAGUCGCCACCGUCGCCCCGUUCUACACCACCGUGGGGCCCUACGCAGAGCUCCACGGGAGGUAUGGGGAGGUAAUUGACUACGUCAACUACCAGUUUUACACGGAUAAAUUGAGGAGUCCGAAGAAGUAUUUGGAGGCGUUUCGGAAUCGGACGCUGGUGUUUGAGGGGAGUAAGGUGUUGCCGGCGUACGAGGUGGAUGGGAGAGGGAUUCAGGGGGAUGAGUUUUUUGAGGCGUUGGAUUUGUUGGAGGAUAAAGGUUUUGAGAUUUAUGGUGCCAUGAUUUUCUCCGCUGAUGCUUCGGCUGCUGGUGGCUACUAUUAUGAGGAGAGGACUCAGGAGUUUUUGCUCAAUAAUGCUUCUCGCUCCUUUGUUCAUUAA